AUGAAGCUAUAUUGUGAUCUCUGGCUAAAUGCAGCAAACCUGUAUGACUAUAUCCAAUGUCAAAGGCUCAAGCAGGCUCAAGAUGGAAUUCUGGAUUUGAACAGCACUGCAGAUAAGUUAGAUUUUCAAAAAAGGCGCAUUUAUGACAUUACAAAUGUCCUUGAGGGAAUUGGUUUGAUAGAAAAGAAGUUGAAGAAUAGAAUCUGUUGGAAGGGUUUGGAUGAAUCAGGAACCAAUUUGGAUAAUGAUCUUUCAGUUCUGAAGAGUGAAAUUGAAAAUCUUAAUCUCCAGGAGCAAGCAUUAGAUGAACAUAUAAGUAAAAUGCAUAAGAAGCUGAAGGAGUUAACUGAAGAUGAAAGCAGGCAGAGGUGGCUAUUUCUUACCGAAGAUGACAUCAAGGGAUUGCCCUGCUUUCAGAACCAAACACUAAUUGCAAUAAAAGCACCUCAUGGAUCUUCUGUGGAAGUUCCCAAUCCUGAUGUGAUGACCGGUGAGAGCUUUUGAAGGAGAUAUAGAAUAAUAA